AUGGCGGCGCUCGCCUCCGCCUACCUCGCGGCCCCCGCCGCCGCCGCGGACCAGCCGCUGCCCUGGGACGGCCGCGGAUACGACCUGACCGUCGACACGCUGACGGACAAGUACCUGACCCACAUCCUGACCAUGCGCAACAACGGCACGGACGGCAAGGUGUCGGACUACGUGUCGAUCGCCAAGGACGGCCGCAAGACGGCCUACAACGGCGACACGGGCGUGAUCGACAUCUCCGUGGACUCGAAGGCCAUCUUCAAGACGCAGAACAACUUCCGUCGCUCCGAGCUGGUGCAGAACAUCGCCGGCAACAAGGAGGGCACGACGUUCUUCCGCGCCAGUGUCAUGAAGGAGGAGGCGUUCCUGAACCCGUACGCGUGGCAGAUGAUCUUCCCCGAGUCGCACAUCUUCGAGAUCCGCGUGGACGCGACGGCCAGCCCGGCCAAGAUCAUCUACCUGAACAACGGCACGUGGGACGCCAAGUGGGAGACGGAGUUCGUGCCUGGCACGUGGUACAACUUCGGCAUCGGCAUUUCGGCCGCCAAGUCGGGCAACGGCUCGGUGCUUGAGUUCUACACGAGCGAAGGUGACAAGGACCUGGCGCUUGAGGCCACCCACGAGACGGUGACGGAGUUCCCGUCGUCGUACGAGUUCCACUACGGCCUGCUGACGCUGUCGGACGAUGGCAGUGACCCGAAGAUGAACGCCAAGCCGGACACGGUGUCUUACAACGGCGUGUCGGUGGAGGCUAAGGUGGCGACCUCUGCGUCUGCCGGCGCUUCCUCCGCUACCGGCUCCACUGCUUCGUCGGUCGGAGCUGAGUCCUCGUCCACUGCAUCGGCGUCUGCUGCUUCGGCUGAGACUGAGACCACGGAGGCCCCCGCUACCCAGAACGAGACCCCUGCCGCCCAGAACGAGACUCCUUCCACCGCUACGAAGCAGGGCAUUGUGCAGAACUCCGGGGAGGGCUGCGCCCGUAAGUAA